UAUGAAUUGUUUCACUUCGGGCAGUACUACGUUAUUUUUUAUUUUGUGUUUAUUACUGAAGUUAAUUAAUAAUAAAAAAGUAAUUGUUUUCUUUUCAUUUUAACGAUUAAUAUGUGUCUUGAAAAUCUGUAACAAUUAUGAUCAAUAAUAAAGUACAACCAAAUUUAAACAAAUUUCGGUAAAGAUCCUGUGUUGUAAAGAAGCAAAACAAACCAACGAUCGUACAAUUAGGUAGUCAGUUAAUUUGCUAUCAACUUUUCUUGAAAUUUGUGUUUGUUCCAAAACAUUAUAAUAAAACUUUUUUAUUGAUCCUAAGAAAACGUUGUUAUCUCCCAUUAACUAUAUUACGUAUAAUUAAAUAAUACAAUACAAAGUUAUAAAUACAACCAAAAGUAAGCAAAAAAUUAAAAGAAAUAAUUAACUACAUUCCUACAUAGUACAUACAUAUGUGUAAAUAAUUAUAAGAAUUACAUUUAUAAAACAAUAUUAUUUCAACGUGUUCUGUAUAUUCUAAUAAACUGCGACAUUUGUUCCAACAAAGUAAACAUCAUUAAUUUUAGAAAAUAAACAUAAACAAUAAAAACUGCAACAACAACAGAGUUCAAACAACAACAAUAACAACAUUGAAGUAUUGAACCUAUAGACGACACUUUUGAAGUUAAAAUGGUACAAAACGUUACGUUAUCCAGUAGCAACAUGAAUCAUAGCAGUAUGAGCAUAAAUAGUAGUAUUGGCUCAAUUGAUUUACCAACGGUGGAACACGACGUAAUUGCAUUUCAGGAAAUACCUUUGACUGCGCUCAGUAAAAAAUCAUUACGAAAGCUUUCAAAUUUAUUAAAUUCUAGAAAGAUUUUGCGUUCAGAAGAGGGUUACGAACGAGAUUGGCGAGGGUUGGCGUCAUUAGCCAAACAAAAGUGUUUAUGUGAUGAAAAUGGUGUAAGUGGAGAUGAUCCUAUGACAAAGGUAAUUCAAUUAUGGUGCACCAAUAACCCAAAAACAGCAACAUUUGCUUACUUGGAACAAUUUCUAGGCGUAAUAGAUAGAUGGGAUGUUUCCGAUGAUAUCUACGAAAAUUUGGUGGAAGACACCAAAAUAUAUCAGGCCAAAUUACAGCAGUGUUUAGAUUUGAACUCUGAUGAUAAUGUCGAUAUGAAUAUAGCAAAAUCUUAUGGCGAUUUUGGGCAUGGAUCUGAUCCAAAUAUAUUAACAACUUCGGAUGUAAUACGCGCACAAAAGGGUUUGCCACCGCAAAUGUAUGAUGCUUUUGUUCUUUAUGCUGAUGCUGAUUUGAAUUAUGCAUCUGAAAUGCUUACAAAGUUAGAAGAUAAUCCCCAAUACAAUUUUAAGCUUUGCAUGAAGGAUCGUGAUUUAUUAGGUGGAGUUCAAUUCGAGCAUGUUGCAUUAACCCAAUUAAUCGAAGAACGAUGUAAGCAUUUGAUUGUUAUUUUAACAGAAGAAUUCUUAAAGAGCCCUGAAAAUAAGUUUCUAGUAAACUAUACACAAGCACUGCAAAUCCAACACAAAACACGUAAAAUUGUGCCAUUACUAUAUGAUGAAAGUGUUGAUAUUCCAAGAACAUUAAAAAUAUACACUCUUUUGCGGUACAACUCCGGCACAUCAAGUUUAUUUAAUUUUUGGUCAAAGUUGGCAAAUUCUAUACAAAAUGUGAAUAUGACUGCAGACAUUUCAACGAUUUCAAAAUCGAAUUCUAAAAAUGAAACAAACAGAAUUUCAACUGCAAAUAUACAUACAUCGAAUAAGAUAGAUUCCCAGUUAAUUAAUUUGCCGAGCCCACCUACCGAAAUUCCUAGCAUAAGCAUUAUACCACCUGACGAUAAUGAAAAACCUAUGAAAGAAGAUCGGAAACUUAAGCAUUUCACAAUGAGAUCUCCUAGAAAUAAAGUUCCUCUUAAUGAUGGCGCCGUAUUGCGCAAUGCUCACUCUACCGGCCAAUUGAAUAUGUCAACGACUUCAAUAUGCAGCGAAACAAAGAAAAAAAAGAAGUGGUCCAGUAAAAUUUUGAAAAAGGUUUUCAGUCGUAGCAGCUCUAAACUACAGGAAGCUUAAAGCAUAUGCAUUGUUUAUAUACAUAUACAAACAUAAAUAUAUUUAAAAUUUUUAAAAUUAUCUAUGAAUUUAACUGUAUCUUUUUUGUGUUUUAAACCUUAUGUGUUAAGUAGUUAUUUGUUUUAUUUUGUUUGUCACAUUUUCAUAAAGCUUAUUUUCUUACUAUUAUGUUAAUGAUUGAAUAUAUUUCCUUUAUAAUAUUUGUUUAUCCAA